GCUGGGGUUGGACUUGAUCUUGUGAGAUCUUUUCCAACCUUAAUAAUUCUAUGAUACUAUGAUAGCUGUUGAAGGAACAAUCUAUUAACUUAAUAAUUCUAACAGUUUUUAGCUCUGUUAAUUUGUCUUCCAUCACCAAAGAGCUUGGCCACAGCUGUGCAAUUUGGGUUUUUGUAGUUCUGCUCUCAGCCCAUAGCCGGUUGCUGUCACAGACUCUUUGUGGAUGAGUUGUUCUGACACUGCCAAUGCCAGCGGCGGAGCCUGGGCUGGUGUCUUGGGUCACAGGGGGACAGGGAGACAGGGCAGAUGCCAACCCUCUGCCCGCAGCCCCCUGGAACCGCUGGUGUGGAAAGAGCUGCAAGCAAAAAGAUCUUUGAUAUCCUUUAUUUUCCGCUUCCAAGUGUUAGUGGGCUGGCUGUCAGUGUGGGUGACAAUCUCUGUGGGCAUCCAGGGACUUCCCAAGAGAUAAGUAAUUGUUUUAGUCUUGGUUGGUCCUGUCUGUAAAAGCUUGCAGCACUGGGACUCUGAGUCUCUGAGUUGUCCCCGUGGUGGCUGAGCCUCUGCUCAAAUGUCUCCCCUUCCUGCUGGCAUCACCCUUUCAUGACAAGAUCAGACCAACUCAAAACUUUUGGACUGUCUUCCUCCCUCUGUAUCGGUUCACUCGGAUCUUGCUCAAGUGGCUUAAAUUCCUUGUGCCUCACAAGUAUUUAUCUGCCAUUCUGAAACUCGAGGUGUUCUAUAGAGAAGUAUGUUCAUUAUUAAGCCAUUCUAAGUGCACAUUUCAUCUUUGCAUAUCCAUUUUGUGUACGGUUGCAAUCAAAGAUUCUCCCCAAAGCUAUGGGAGCUGCAGAUAAUAGCAGUGUGUGCUGUUAUGGUUUCAGGACCCCAGCUUUCUGGCAAUGGAGACCGUCUCUUCUUCUCCAUCACCCUUCCCUGACAGCUCCCCCUCCAUGCCCUCUGGGAAUGCCACAGCCCAUGACCACUACUCUGGCCUCCAGAAGAGCCUGCAUGUCCUCUCCAUGGUGGUGUACAGCAUUGCCUGUGUGCUGGGGGUGACAGGGAACGGCCUCGUCAUCUGGAUUGCAGGCUUCAAGAUGAAGAAGACGGUGAACUCAGUGUGGUUCCUCAACCUGGCCAUCGCUGACUUCAUAUUCACCUUUUUCCUGCCCCUCAGCAUCGCCUACACCGCUCUGGACUUCCACUGGCCCUUUGGGAAGCUGCUGUGCAAGCUGAACAGCACCAUCGCCUUCCUCAACAUGUUCGCCAGUGUCUUCCUCCUGAUGGUCAUCAGCGUGGACCGCUGCGUGGCUGUGGCCUUCCCCGUGUGGUCCCACAACCGCAGGAGCCCAGAGCUGGCAGCCAGGGUCGCGCUGGGGACGUGGGGCAUGGCUGUCCUGCUCAGCUCCCCGUACCUCAUUUUUCGUGACACUGCGGUCAGUUCUCGCAACAUUACCAGCUGCUAUAACAACUUCGCGCUGUCUGAUGACUACACAGCCGAGGAGACACGGAGGUUGUGGAGGAUGCGGCACAAAGCGAUGAUCAUAACACGGUUCUUAUGUGGGUUCCUCAUCCCCUUCACAGUGAUUCUCAUCUGCUACAGCGUUGUUGCUGUCAAGCUAAAAAGAAGGCAACUAGCCAGCUCUGCAAAGCCGUACAGAAUUAUCAUUGCCGUCACAGUCUCAUUCUUCCUCUGUUAUUUCCCCUAUCAUGUCUUCUCCUUGCUAGAAAUAUCUCAAAACUCUUCCAGUCAUGAGAUGAAAAUGGCCCUCUACAUAGGAAUCCCCUUGGUUUCCAGCCUCGCUUUCUUCAACAGCUGUAUAAACCCCAUCCUUUAUGUCUUUGUGGGGCCAGAUUUCAAGGAGAAAUUUUGCCAGUCCAUCCUGUCGACCUUUGAAGGGGCCUUCAGUGAGGAGUCAAUGCUGGGCAGCCUGAGCAGCAGGAGGAAGUCCAGGUCUGCCUCGGAAGCAGAAGUCCCAAGGCUCUGACUGGGCAUGGUUCAGCAUGGGCACCACUGCAGGGCAGUUUUCUCUCUCUCUUUUUCUCUCUUCUCUUUUUUUCCUGCUGAUUUGUCACAACAUCCCAUUUUUAGCAGGCGACCCUUUGUAAAAGUCACUGGGUCUGUGACUUUGCUGACAGUACUCCCUUUAUUUUCCCUUCUCUCCAGUGUCCUUCAGCCAUGAGAAGCAGCCCCUAAGCUCAGUGGGGUCACUUUGUAGGCACCCGAGUCUGCAUUGCCACUGGGUUCAUCCCCAAGCCGUUCCUAAAUGGCAAGUUAGCUGCUGAGAGGCUGUGUUCUCUGCACUUGCCAGGCUUUCCUGGCAGCCAGUCUUUGCUGGGAUGCAAAAAUUCUGGGGUUCCACCAGGGGGCAAAAUUGGAUGCAGGUGUGCUGGCAGCAGGUGCAGCCGGCGCUUCAGCUGGCCAAGAGGAUGGAGGGAAGAGCUGCUUCGUAAAUUCCUUAUAAUUAAAUCAGUAAAGAAAAUACAUCUUUUCCUGUGCAUCAUACCAAUCUGGCACAUGGGCUGCUAAAUUUUAAGUAGAAGAUAUUAAAUAAAAAAAAAAAAAAAAAAAGCAGCAUGAACAUGCAGUGGGAUCUGUCUGGAGGCACUUCAGCAAAUGCAGCUUUUAAAGAAGUAGGAUUAUAUGAGAUGGUUAUGUGUAUUUUUGUAGAGUCUGGGCUAACUUUGUCCUUUCCCUCCCACAACAAGUUAUUGGUUGUGUCCCACUUACUCAGGUUUGGUGUUCAGCAUAACUGUUCCUGAACAAUGCUACUCCAUGUUUGUGUUUGACCUGCUUCUGGCCCUUGUAUAGCUGAAAUGUCUCAUUUUGUACUGUUGGUGAAUGAAUAUUAAACUCCAUUAAACUUAUUUAAAACAUACGCAGCCUGUGUGAUCCAUUCAAAAUGUACAUGCCCAUGUUUGCUAAUAAAGCAACUAGAUAAGAAGAUUCAAUACCAUGAUUUGGAAAUUGCUCCCAGUAACUCUCCCUGACUGACAGAGGCAGCCCUCAGCCUGUGUGAGGAGGUUUUGUCUAAAACCCAGUAAGGCAGAGAAGGAAGAGCAAAUUUAGAAUUGAGUUUGCCCAGAUUUCACUUUUGCAAAGUGCUUGGGAUGAAGAUGGUGGUGUUAUUCCCCUGGGUUUGAUCAGGCAAUGAACAGCUUCGAUGAUUAUGGCAUAAAAUGUCAGUCAGGUAGAAGGGAAGGUUUCCAUCUCAACGUGGGGCAGCUGUGUGAGCAGGUGCUGGUAUUACACCUCCUUCCCCUGCCUGUAGCGUGACACAAACUGCCACUGUCCCAUUUAUGCUGCUAGGAAGCAGCCUCUGAGCUGCUCAUGGAACCUCAUUGAUUCAAUGGCUGGAAAAUCUGUCUGAAUCCCAGCCUGAAUGUAUGAAUGUGCACGUCUCUCAUUUCUGUGUGGAUGAUAGCACUGAGUGAGAUCUGUCACUUGAACACGCGAGGGAUUAAUUACGGGUCUGUUGGGUCACACAACAUUAAAUGAAGGUUGUGAUCCUACAGGCAUGCAUGUACUUAACCUUAAAUUCAUGUGUAAUCUCACUGAGAUCAGGGAAUGCAGCAAGACCAUCCAUAUGUCAAGCAUGAGUGAACAGAAAGAUUUACCCUUUACCACAAAUUGCUGCCUGUCAUCCAGAUAAAGCUGCAAUGUUUGCUAUGCAGUGCAAUGCUGGGGCUGUUUACUUGCUCCUGGUGGCAAAUGACAGCAUUGAUUGCAGUGUCAAGGUUGUGCAGACCAGUGUUUGCUCUUUCUGGUUUUCUUCAUUUGUUUGCUGAGCCCACAUAAUUCCUUGUGACAAGCACCUCUGAGAUUGCUGGACCAAAGCCUUGGCCUCCCAUUGCACCUCUCUCAUCAUCCCAGAACCCUUGAACUUGGAGCAUCACAGGGAUAAGAAAGGAUGCAAUUUUCUGGGCCAUUUGGGCAUACCAGAUGGGUACAGGGUUCUGAUGUCAGUGAAGCAAAGAGUCAUAUAGUAUAAGGAAUUGCUGCUGAAAUACCAGGAGAGCAACCUACAGAGCACCACCUUCUCCCUGGCAUCCCAGCCAAGUGCAGUGUUCCAUUAGCACAGCAGCUUUAGCAAAUCCCAUUUCAGCCCACAAUUAAAUUGUCUUAAUACCCCUCCCAGAAGUUGCCUCCUCUUUAAGUGGCACAUUAUUAUGGUUAAGCAAAAUAGUGUGCCUUCACAAAGCUUUCUCUUUGCAUGAUGGGGAAGGGACUUAGAGAGUUUCAAACAGCUGUUCCUGAGAACACCUGUCAAAAUAAUAUUGGGGAAAAAAUGGGAAAGGGAAUGUUUUAUCGACAGUAACCAACAGCUCAUGGCCAUUGCUGUGUUGCAGGAUGGUCACAGAAAUCGUUCCGUCAUCCUGGGUCUGAUCCCAAGCCUUUGUGCAAAGCUGACACCAGGUGUGGUUAGGCUGCCCAGGGACUGGUUCCAAGAUAAAUCUCUCAUAUCGAAUUCACUUGUGUUCAGACUAUUCCAUUAUUACAAAAAUAAUUAUGGUAGUCCCUCAUUGCUAACUAGAAGGCAGGCUAUUCAUUCUCUCUGAUAUUCAUAUUUGCCAUGUGUGUAAAUAAAAAAGCUUGAAUAAAGAAAAAAAUCCAAAGACAAGCAAACAAUUCUAAGGGGUCAAACAGCAUUUUUGGCAGCUGUGCCCCACUCUGACGCAGCUUUGCUCUCAAGGCUCUUUCAGAUGUGAUCAGUUGGGUGGUGCUGGGCUUCAGGAACAGCCUGAACCCCUGGUAUUUGCAGUCGUUGAGAAAGGCACAGGUCGGCUGUCCUGCUGGCCCCUGCCUGAUUGGCCCUGCAGAGGGGCGGCUCUGUGGGCAGGCUGACAGCUCCAUUCCUACAAAUAAGAUUGGGAUGGACAGAGCCAUUUGGGGCGUGCUGGGUUCAGUUGUACAUGGAGAAAGCUGAGAAUAAGCAGGUUUUGGUAGCUGGGGUGUUUGGUAUUAAGUAGCACGGCAGUGUGAGAAUUCAGAUGAGGUCAUUAAUGCUUUGGAGGUGGGUGAAGUGAAUGUGGUAUCACCAAAACAUCUUGGUGACAGAGCUCAGAAAAGCUUGGCAGGUGAUUCGGGCUAGGCUUUGUCAUAGCAGAAAACCCAGAACCCGUGCCUUCUGAGUGCACCCUGCACUGUUCAGAGCUGUCCUCAAAAGAAGUGAGCAAGGGAAGGACAUACCUUGCUACUGGUGCAGGUGGGGGGAAUUAUGUCAUGGGCUAGUUCAGGUGAGUGAAAAUAGAAUGGUCAAAAUCCCAAAACAACAUGACUGUGACCCAUUCUGAUUCAAUCCCAGGCUAAGUGGUACCACGUCAGUGGUCUGUUUCUAGUUGGAUGAGGGUCUACCAGGAUGGUAUGGCGUUCUUUAGCACAAGAAAAAGUAAGCGUGGUAUUUUCAUUAUGCUGGGGCACCACCAUAGUGAAGCUGGAUUUUGUGACACAGCAGCUUCUGUAAGGAAGGCAGGAUCUAAGACAAGGAUUUAACAAAGAUCUCAAGCAGUUAAAGCCUGGGGGACUUGCAGCAUGUAGUCCUUGAUAGCAGUGGAUUAUUGCUAUGCCUGGCAGUUCUAUGUUUUUCUAGCAAGCAUUUUAAGUCAGGAUUUCAACUAGAGCUGUAGCUGCUUUGCUUUGGAGGAGAGAGUAUAGCAGGUGACUUCGGAGGUAGGAGAAGCUGCAGAGCUAUCAGGGACAAACCAACCAAGCAGCAUCUCAAGAAGAGAUUGUACUCUAUCCUUGGAACCUGGAGGAGAGCAUGGAAAUAAAAAACUGAGCUCAGAACAGUUAAGAGGAAAGAGGGAGGGAAGAACAGGAGAUGAGACAGCCUUGAAAGUACCAGCAGCGGAUGAUGGGUGCAGAUGGAUGGAGAGUGAUUCAGCAGGGAAGGAAAUUCUCAGUAGAUGCUCCUAAAUGAAACAAUAAAAGCCUGUGAGAAGCCUACUAGUUCUUUUGCAUUUCUUCUGGUGAAAUCUCCCUGGUGAGUAAAACUUUUAAAGUGUCUCAAUCCUGAACCUGGGGAAUGGGCUUGUUACAUAAGGUCAAGCUAAAGGCAAUGUAUGGAGGUCCAUCAUUUCUUGGUAUUGCAGCUGGGUAAAGGAUCCCAACCUGUACAGGUGUUUGUGUUAUUGCUGCUCUGGGCUCAGCCCUGUUCUGCACCAAGCUGGGAGGGGAUCAGGGUGUCCCUGCAGGUUGCUCUUUGGUCCUCCCUGCACCUCUCCUAGUUUCUGCCUAGCUGCUCUGGGCAGAGAUGGAAGUCAGCAGUCUCUUUACCUUCCCCUUCCCUCCUCCCCCCUCCACCCCCUUCCCCCAUAUUUGUGUAUGUGAAGCACAGGAUCUUCUCUCUACUGAGCUCUGCUUUCAUUAGCAAGCCCGCUGUACAGUGACCCAUGCCUAAUUCAAACCUUUCCUGAAUAUUCACUAAGAGCCUGUCCAGGACAUAAUGCAUGCUCACUUCCUCUGUGUAGAGGAGCUGUAGCUUUGUGCAGUAAUGCAGUAAAUGCCAAGUCAAACUAGGACCUAGUGGGUAGGACAGUGAAAUAGAGUGUUUGGCACUGUGUAGCUGUUCAACUUCCCUAAAAUGACACCACUUCAUUGUUCAGUGGCUUUUGUUUAAGGGAGAAUUGAAGGGCAAACCACAUCUGUAAACAAAGAGUUAAGACUGUUACACAAACUUUACAGGACACUGCUGCAUGCAAUCAUAGCAAGCAAAGACAAUACGCAAACAAAGCAGAAGAUGCUACUGAUGGUUCUUGUUCCAGGGCAGUGUUUGCUCAAAUCCUCUCCCUUUCAUCCAGCUUGAGACAUUUUUCUGUGCAGUGACCUGUUAAACACUGGCUAUACCAACAAGUCUGUUGUUUCUUUGUUUGAAGGCUGAUAGCAGAUAACUCCAUGCCUGUGCUGAAGGCUGAUGUGGCAGAUCUGUUAAUCAUUUCAGACUGACCUGGAACUUGCAAUACUGUUAGAAAUAGGAAACAAACUAACCUGUGUUUUUUUUAUAUAUCUAUUUUCCCCAAAUAGAUAUAUUCAUGACUUAGGAGGAACUUUACUAUUGUAGAAUGAGUUGGAGCCAGUUUCCUGCAGACAGCCAAGCCACAGUUAGGCAUUAAUAUUUGAUUAAACAAGAAGAGAGUGCUGUCUGUUUAGCCCUUCACAUAGAUAAGAUGCCUACCCUGCUCUGGGGCCUUUCUUAAGGCACUUUAGUUCCCAGAAGUGGGGAAUGCUAUUUUCCAGAUCACUUCCAAGCACAGCGGAGACUCAGAAAUCUAUUUAUAGUUACUUUGAGCUCUGCCUUGCUAGCUGGGCAGUAUCCAAGCUGGUGUCUUCUAGAAACGAGACAUGGUCACUCCCGAGGCAGGGAUUGGAGGUGGCAGCCUUGAGGCUGUGCUGAGCAUGGAGGUGCUCAGUGUAAAGGUUCCUACAUGCUGCAGGGCACCCCAGCAGGCUCCGGUAGGAUAUGUGGGGAAGAAGAUUUCUUCAAGGUGCCUUGUAAGACUACUGGGAGAGACAAAACACUUUCACAGGGCUGCGUCAGGAUGAAAGCAAAAUAUUUCUUUGGUGUGCCAAGCUCAAUAACUCUUGCCAACAAGUAGAUUGGCAAGAGAUUUUUAACGUCCAUCUUGAUUUAAAAAAUAAAUAAAUAAAUACAAAGCAGCAACGAAAACAAUACAAAACAGCAACCUGGCAGAGCAGUGAUGGAUGGAGCUUAGGAGAUAGGAUGACACAAACAUUUGUUGUCUCUCAGGUGAUGGAUGCAGGCUGUUGUCCUGCCAAGUGCUGGAUGAGCAGUGCCCUUCACCUUGGCUGGACUAACUGUGGGCUUUUUAAAUUUAUACUUUAUGGCACGCUUCUUCCUGACAGAAUUGCAUCUGGAUUAAGAACAAAAGAUUUCCCUGAGCUGCUUCAGUCAUACAUAACAAUUUUUCAGAAUUCCUUGGAUAACUGCUAAUUGGAUCAUUGUGAAUGAAAUAAAAUCCAGGUUCUCGUUUUGGGAAAGCAAUCUGUUAAACUCUCAGCACUUGAAUAACAUAUUGUAAUAUUAGCAAAUCCCUCUCCCUUGGGACCGGAGGCUUCCAUUUGUAUUCCUCUGACCAGGAAAACAGAGGCAGGAAAGAAACUGAUUUUCUUUGAGAAAACGCAGGCGGUUGCCCAAGAAAAAGGAUCAGAAGACAUAAUUUUUUUAGUUCCUGGCCUGUGGUUUGCCUGUGUAAACGUCAGGAAUUUGGGGCAGCACAAAUCGAGCAGUCAGCAAAUUCUGUGUGCCCCGAGGGUAUUGAAAAAUGCCUCUGAGGAAGGCUGCUGAUUGCGCUGUGGGUCAGCACUUCAAUGUGUGUUAUUUCUGGCUGCUCUGCCAUCAGCCUGCAGUGAAACCCUGUGAUGAGGUCUGAAGCUAAGAAGUCUCUGCCGCUCUGUAAAGAGGCUGACAAAAGGCUCAAAGCUGCCUUCCCUGCAAAACAAAAAGGAACCUACAAAGGUCAAGGAACCCGAAUCAACAGUGGGGAGCAGCAGCCUGUAAACAGAGGAGCACAGACUGGAAAUAGUGGGGGUGGUGAGGAGGCAUGGGGCCCAUUUUAUCACACUUUCCAACCUGAGAUCCUGCAGACACGCACAGAAUCGCUGCAGCAUCGCGUCUGUGGGGACACAAACAGGUCUCACGCAUCUCAGACACGUCUCUGCUCUGUGAGAAGUGCUGCAUGCGGAGUGCUCAGCAUCUGGCAGCUGAUUCAGGUUCAACUGCUCUCCUUCCCUGCUCCGACUGCUGGCAGCAAACUGUUGAAGUGUGUAUUGUGAGCUAUGGGCAAGCAUGUGAAUGCUUAAAGCAAAAAAUACAGCUCACAGUGGCAGUUUCACUGUAAGAAGUUUCAAAGUACAAAAUCCAAAGUUGUCUUUGUGCAUUGGGUGAGCAGUACGGGCAGCUCUUCUGUGUCUUUCAUGGUGCACAGGUCUCUGCUCGGGUGCUCCAGGCCUUGUUCCAAUGCACUCUGUAUGCUGCAGCCCAGAAAUAAUUAUUUUGUGAGACGGUGCAGUUAAAAGUACCUGAUCUGUACCUGUACUCCAAAGGAUAGAACUCUGAUGCGUAUACCACAAAAUGCUGAUCUGGGCGCCCUGAAAAGCAUGACUUAAAACAGCUUUUGGCCACUGUUAGCAGAAAAAGGAUUGGGAACAGUGAAGUGAUCAGUGCCUGUGCGUGUGCUUUGGUGGGUGCUGGCAGGAGCUUUAUCCUCCUGAAUCAGUGCGGGAUAACAAAACCCAACACUGCGCAGUGUACUUCACAAUACACUCGGAUACAGUGAUACAGCUCGGAUUUUGUGAGGGCGCUUCCACAACCCUGAUGGAUACCACUGCCCGCCCCUGUGACAUCCGAGCGGGGAAAACGUGAAACGACGCGUUAACAACACGCUCCCCAAAUCGGCCCUCCUCGGCGGUGCCUCAGCAUCCUCCUCUCUUCCCCCACCUCAGGGGGGGGAAAAUGGCGCCGGCGGAGACGCCCCUCAGAGCGGCGCGAGGCCUCGGCGGGAAGGGCUGUGGGGGGGCAGGGCGUGGCCUCACUCCCGCCCCUCACGCGCCCUCCGCCCGCCCCCCCCCCUCGCGGCGCCGCCAUCUUGAGAGCGGAUAACCGCUGGAGGGGCUGAGCUCCGCGCUGCCUCUGCCUCUCUACCAUCCCUCCGGGCCGGGCCGCCUUCUCCCGGGACCGGAGGGCCGGAGCCGGUAGGAGAAAUAUUAGUAUCAAA